AUGGAGGCAGCUUCCAGGGUUGAGGCAAGAUUGUCUCCGAUCCACAACCUCGACGAAGAUCUCCUGCUCAAUAUCUUUAUGAUCAACGCGAACAUGGACGAAGAUCCCCCCGAGGACAGAAAAUCCAUCCAGCAUUGGGGACCACGAGCACUCACGGUUACCCUCAACGUGUCUCACGUCUGUCGCUUCUGGCGCCAAGCGAUGCUCUCUUCGCCGUCGUUGUGGGGAAGGCUCAUUGACCUCGACUAUCUCAUUCUGCUGAAGGAAGAGUGGAAACGGGAGAUCAUACGCCGCACGGGAACAUCCCUGUUACACGUCAAAGGCGACCACACCAGCAACAAUCCCGCCUUUCUUCCGUUCCUCGCCUACGUCCUCGAUGUACAUUGGGCGCGGAUCGAAAUCCUUCAUGUCUCCGCAUAUUUCGAGAACAGUUACAAGGGCGACCUUUGGUCUCCCAUAGCGCGGCCGUCGAAGGUGUUAAGAACCUUUCGAGUAGCUCUUGGGGCCCUAGAGAAGCCAAUUCAAUCUAGCCAAACAUUAUUCGGCAACGAUGCGCCCAAUCUGUGCGAUUUGGAAUUGACCGCUCCCUUCCAGGCGAAUCUCUACAUGUCCUCAUCGUGGUUGUCCCAACUCCGCCACCUCGAAGUGUCAGGUGCGACUCUGACGCCUCGUCCGACUCUUCUGGUGUGGUUGGAGAAACUCGGCGAUAUGCCCCUCCUCCGAACUCUUCGCUUAUAUUCUGCAUUCCAGUCCGUCCUCGAGGACCCAAUGCUACUGAAUGUGGUUCUUUAUUGA